GUUAAUCAUUGCCGAUGGAAGAAGCAAAGCCUGGAGAGAAUCACAUUGGUGGAACUUGGAGACAGUCGAUUCAAGCAGCUUUUGAAGCUACCAAAGCUUCAUUCCCAGGGGGCGAGAUCUUGGCUCAUCUUGAUCAAAAGAGCUUCAAAGGAUGGCAAAAGAAGGCGAUUACAGAGUUCUUGGCAGAACAGAACAUCAAUGUCGGGAGGCCAAACGAUUUCACAUGAACUGUGAGACCCAUAAAAGAUAUGAUCUGAGUUUUGGUUGAUUCAGAAUCUAUCAUUUGACGGUUGUAGAUUUAUUUUCAAUUGUUAUAUAUAUAUAUUCAAAUUUACUUUUGUAAGAUAACCAUUUUCGUUUGGCUACUGUUGAACUAACUGUUAGUUAAUUGGGAAAAUACAUCAUAAUCCGAUCUUUUUCCAAUUCACCAAGAAAAUGAAUCAGCAAAAACGGAUUUUGCUGAUGUUAUCUAAUAAAUGGUGGCAUUAAAUGUUGUUUUAUUUAAUUUCAGUUCGAGAUUAUUCUUCCGUCUUUUAAAUUCUAAUUGUUUAUUGAGAUUUCUGUGAAAGAGAGCUGAGAAAUUGCAGUUAGCAGCUGUAUAAUGCUAUAAAUCUUAUUACAAUCAAAUUUUGAAACUUUCUUGCUUAUUAUUAUGACAUUGCAGCUUUUAUCUAAACGUCUUCUUCUCUACAUUAGCAAAAAGUUGGAAAGUGGCCACACGAGUGGUUGAUUGCAUUUUUUGAUGUUUAUUAUCUGUUCUAGACCUCAUGAUGUUUUGUUGUUGGCCUUUCACAUGUGUGACUAACUAUACUUAUGUUCUGCAUCCAUAGAAUACUUUACCCUCCAAGCUUGGAGAGAAACAGAUAGAUAGAACAGAUUAACUUUAAAAGAUUCCAUCCUCUAUAAUGAAGUUCCCUUAUACUUAUGUCUUCUCUCUGCAAUUUCUUUGUUUGUUCUCUCAUUCUUUUCUAUGAAUCUGCUUGAAAGUUCUUGAUAUUGUUCAUCACCCUUGAACAAUAGCAAUCUGUAUGAGUUGUUCUAUGAUACAAGAAGCGGUGAUGAAUGGGAUAAAGACAACAAUGGAUACCAUUCUUGUGGAGACUCUAAUGAGACUGAAAAGAAACUCAAUAGUCAUGAUAUUGUUGAUACAAGGGAUCCUAUCGAGAAAGUUGAUCCGGUGUUUUAUAUAUAUGGACAAGAACGUUACAGUUUGUGACUUGCCUGAGAUUGUAGUUUGCUACAAGGAGAAAACUUAUCAUGUGGUGAAGGAUAUAUGUGCUGAUGAAGGUGUGUUGGUCCAGGAGAAGUCUGUGACGUGUAACUCAAAUUCAAACUCAAACCUGUGUGAGUCAGAGGAUUUGGUGAAGUCAAAUGCUUUAGAAACAGAGUCCUUUGAAAACAGAAAGGGUAAGCUUGAUUGAUGAUACUGAGCUUUGUAAUGAUCAUAAGGCAAACCGAGAUGUUGAAAUAUCUUCUAGAGAUGAAGUGGCUACAUCAGAGAAUGUCUUGAAGGAAUAUUUAACUUUGGAAGAUGUUCUAUUAAGGAAAUCUCCACCUCAGGUACAGGAGAAAAAAAGCCUAGUAACCACAUCUCUCGAAACAGAGGAGCCAGAAAAAACAGAGGAUAAGCUUUCCUUUGUUUCUACAACAACCUCUCAAGAACCAAACAGAACUUUCAGCAAUCCUGAAAGGUCUGAAAAUGUUUUAAUCUCUGUUACAUGGACGAAUGUCGCAUACAGAAAAUUGAAUUUUCAUUAGUUUUAUUGAAAAUCUAGGAACUCAGAUUGGUUUAAUCUCUGCUACCCAAUACAGUUAAAAAAAAAAAUUCUAACUAUGUUUUUGUUAUUUAACAAUUUGUUUUUUGUACUUGAAAUGCCAGUCUUUGAGAAUUGUUUGCUUCUUCAUUGAUGAGUCCGUUGGAGAAAGGUCCGUGAUAACUAACCAUUUGUGUCAGUCUCUGCCAUAGAUGAUAGAGGAAGAGUCGCCUCAAGGAGCUUACUAUUCUGAAAAUCACAUGUACAAAUCACUAAACAAAGAGAAGAUCAUAACAUGAAGUCAAUGAAAGUAACUUUAAACCGAAGGAAUGAAGUCAAGGCUGAGAGAAUAAAACUGAAUAACCACAAGUGUAUUGGGAUUGGAACUUUGAGCUCUGCUUAUGUUGAAUUGGUUAAAACUAAAGGUACAACGUGAAUUGGUUAAUAUGAAAAGAAACUUCAAACCACUAUUAGAAAGACAUAACUAUGGCGACACCUCUUACAAAGUUUUAUGGCAUUAAACUCAAAACAAUAGUGAGCAUGCUAAAAAUGUGACUUUCUUUAUAGGGAUCUUUUGGUAUAACACACCAACAAGCUUUAUCACAAGGAUUCCCUUGUAAACACUUGACUGAAUACAUUGAAAGAAUCAAGAUUUGGAAAGGAAACAAUACUAAUGAUCAUUAAGAGUCGAUUAUGAUUCUCUCUUUUGUCAAAAAGUUUUAAUCUUUCAAUAUUAAAACAGAGACUCUCAUAGAUUCAGAUAUAUGUCAAAAUCAUAUGAAUUUCCCCAAAGAAACGCACAAGUCAUAAGAUGAAAAGAAACUUAAAACCAUUUAAAAAGAUAUAACUAUGGUGACAGCUCUUAGAAAGUUUUAUGUCAUUAAACUCUAAAAAAACAAAAUUCAUCAUCAUGUCAAAAGAACAAAACAACCAUCAAUCACAAUAGUGAUUAAAUUCAAAAGCUAAAAAGAUCAGAACUAAACAACCAUCAGUCACAUCCCUAAUCAACAGUCAGUUUUGAAACUCAUGUGGAUCGAUAUCCACAUAUAUUCAUGAAGCCAAUCAUCCCUGCAAAAAAAUGUUUUGUUAUCACAACAAGUUUAAAAGUAACGAGAGAGAUAGACAUGUGAUUUAAAUUGAUUUUCCUUACAAAGUUUAAACACGUUUUUUCUAGCCUAAACACAAUGGAGUUGAAUGCUUUCUUGAGUGCUUCAUACUCACCCCACAUUUCAAUCAGUGUAUAUGAUUGACGUAACAGAUAAUAUAUAUAAUAAUUAUGUGAGCUAUGCUUCAAUAAUUGACCAUGGUCAAAGAAUGAUUAUAUAUAUCGAAAGAAAGAAAGAGAGAGAGAUACCUCAAAAGCAUAAAUGAUUAACAUGUUUUUUGACAUCACCCACAUAGUUUCCAACUGUUGAAAGCUUAACCAUAAUUGAAUUACUAAACAAUUUCUUUUGUUAAGUUUUCAAAAACAAAGUCAAAAUUUAAUUUAAUUUUUCCACCAUACUCAUACCCUCUUUGUAUUGUUGCAUUCACGAAAUGCUACUUUUUGGAAGCACUUUCUUUGUUCUAUUCUUUUAAUAAGGAAACAAAUCUAAUGAUAAAGAAUGAUUGUGUAGCAUUAGUACAAAAUAAUUUUACAAUUUUGAGUACAUUUUAACUGGUCCAUAGCAUAAGCUUGAAAAAUUGAAGUUUCAACCAAGAAUUUCUUUGAAAUUUAGUGAAGACAAGUAUUUUUUGAAUAACCAAUUUUCAAUCUUGAAAACCUCCUCAUGAACUUGUUGACAUCUAUUUUCUGAUCAUAUGCAUGCGAAUAAUUCAAUACACACAUAUUGGAAUUCUGGACAAGCAAAAUUUGUUGCAAUAAAGUCAUGAUUACAUUGGCACCAUCUUCAUACUUGAUCUCCUUACCAACUUGAUUUACUAUUCAAGCCCUCAUAUUCCGUUAUUUAUUAUUAUUAUUUCCAAACUUUGUUUUCCGUUUAAUUUUUUUUACCUUGUUUUCCUUUUUAUUACUCCAAUAUCUUGAGCUUUAGGUAAAUUAGAUAUUGUAUCCUUCACAAUUAACUAUCACAUUGUAACAUGUGUUCGUAGAAGCUUACCAAUUAUCACUCAAUUUUGUUACUCCUUUUAUUUCCAUUAUGAUGUUGUAAAUUACUAGUCUCUUAGAUUUCAUCAGAUUAAUUAUUUAUAAUUCCCGAAACAGACAUUAACAAAAUAUAUCAUUCAAACAUUUUCUUAAAAAAAAGAGUAACCAUACAUAUUGCAAGAGACAUUUUCUAAGCAGAAAUUAUUAUUUCCGAACUUUGUUUUCCGCUUAAUUUUUUUGUCUUGUUUUCCUUCUAUUACUCCUUUGUAAUUUCACAUUUUUUAAAAUAUUUCAUGCUUUAGUAGUUCAAUUAUGAUUUAUGCAUAUCCACCAUCAGUCCAAUGUGCUCAUGUCCAAAACCUGGAGCUUUUAGGUGAGUUAACUUUUGUAUCCUUCACAACCAAAAAUGAAUCACAUUCUAGAAGAUCGUUCCUUAGUAGGACUACCUCAUAAGUCUCUACCUAUAUGACUCAUCUCAAGACGCAAGGUUCAAUCUUUUUCAACAGCAAACAAACAUAAACCUACAAAGCAUCAUGGUUUUCCAAGGGAAGAGAGGAAACAAAACUCACGAUGUUGCUGAGAUAAUCAUCAUAUGUACGUAGACAAAGCGUCUCUCACUGGGGAUUCAAAUGCUAAUCGUCCUAGCUUUCUUAACCAAUUGUUCAGCCCCAGUCUAUGCAACUACACAAGUAUCCAACACCCUCGUUACGAUUGUACUCGUAUAAAAUUGUUUUUCAAAUCAUAUAAUGCUUAUGAUAGAUGUGUAAUAUUGUUGUAUAUCCAUAAUGAGACAAAGCAAUCAUUUGGUACUGUGGGUGUAGUGGUUAUCACGUUUCCCUUACACGCAAAAGGUCUCCACUGGAAGGCACACAUCAUGGACCGGUAACUAGUAAGCCAACCAUGUUCUUGGAAAUUGGCGAGUUUCUUUUUAAAUGAAAGCUCUCUGCUUUCUCGAAAUAGCCAUUUCUUGUCUUCAAUUGCUUAUUGUGUAUAUGUAGGUAGUACAAAGGAAUAUUGGAAGAGACAAGACGCUUCUCAAGUCAUAGCUCUUGUAAUUGAAAGCAUUUUAUUAAUUUAAAUAUGGGAGGUAGAACAAGGUCAUUCAGUAUAAACAUUGUGUUUUGUGAUUCAGCUAAUGUGGGAAGGACUUGGGCUUGGAGGCGUUGAAGCUGUGGGGAACUGGAACAUGUACAUCAAUGGUAGCUUAAUCAUUACUCAACAUAAAGUAAAAAAGUAGUAGUAUCGAUAUGCACCAACGUGGAUCGUUUUUGGUGGCAGUGAAACUAGAAAGAGGAAGGUUCUUUUAGGGAUUGGAGGUGGACACAUGGAUGUAGCUUUGUAAGUUGUCAAGAAUUCUUGAGUAUGUUCAAUUGGUACAACUAAUUAAGUUUAUGAAUUACGAUAAGAUGUGUCUAAGCCUCAUAAGUGCCCUGAAGAGAAGUGGGAAGAUGCAGAGAAAAUAGCAAUGUGUGUGAGGUAUUGUAUGAUACUAGAAGUGAAGACGAAUGGGAUAAAGAAGACGAUGAAAACCAUUCAUGUGGAUACUCUAAUGAGACUCAAAAGCAACUCCAAGAUAACAGUCAUGAUAUUAUUGCUAAAAUGGAUUCUAUUGAGAAAGUUGAUCCAGUGUGUUUAUAUGGACAAGAAAACUUAUCAUGUCAGUGAAGGAUAUAUAUGUUGAUGAAGGUGUGCCGGUCCAUGAUUCUGCAAGGUGUAUUUCAGACUCAAACCAGUGUGAGUCAGAGGAUUUGGUGAAGGCAAAUCAACUAGAAACCAAGUCCUUGGAAGACAGAAACAGUAAGCUUGAUAAUUCUGAGCUUGUAAUGAUCCUAAAACAAACCAAGAUGUUGAAGUAUCUUCAAGACAACAAGUAGCUACAUUAGAGAAUGUCUUGAAGAAAUUUGUAACUUAACAACAGCAACAAUAGCGAUAGAGGUGAAUAACAUCUCCACAUUUCAUCAAUCUAUACAAUCAAGCAAAGUUUCAAUUUUUCGAUGUAAAAGUUUAUAACUUGCUGAUGUGUGUGAGACUGCAGGAGAAGGGGACAAGAAGCUUAGACACCACAGCUCACAAAACAGAGCUUGAAGAAACAGAGGAUCCAGAAAAAGCAGAGGAGAAGUUUUCCUGUGUUUCUACAAAAACCUCUCAAGGCCUAUUUGGAGAGACGAGUUUCUCAGCAGCAGAGCCAGUUUCAGGUCAUAUAACAUGUAUGUACUAAUGUACAUGCUUUUGGUUUAGCUUUGGUGAUUAUUAAAAAAAAGGUUAUAUUACAGUCAGUUUUGAAGUUUAUCAUUUUUUUUUGGUGGCCUUUGUCAAGCGUAUCACCGACUUGGGUCAAUCUAUUUUCCAUGCUACCAAGGUAAGUGUCUCGAUUCUAUUUGUGUUACAAAAAAAAAGGUAAGUGUCUCGAUUCUCAGCGAUUCCAAGACCGUUGUCUCGCUCUGUUGUUGCUAUUCCGUUGACCAAAAUGAUGAUAUAUACCAAUUUGCAUUCAUGUUUUGAAAAUAUAAUUAAGUUAUCUUCAGUUUAGAUAUGAAAAUGAUAGAAUGGUACUUUAGCUUUUUUUAUUUGCUUUGAAAAUAUUGAUUUUAGGCUUUAUCCAAUGUUUUUGUUUUAAAAUUAAAAAAAAAAACUAAAAUGUAAAAUGAGUAGUAAAACAUUUAUCUAAAUACAAAAUCAAAACAAAAAGUAUAUAAAAGAUAUUUACUAUUUUUAAUAUUUAUUGAAAGUUCAAAAACAGUCUUUUACAUAUGGAGGAAAUAUAUUUUCUAGUCUUUAUCUUGUUUUAACAUUUUGUGCUUGGAAAUGAUUUUGUUAUAGAUAACUGUUAGAAAUAUUAUUAAUCCUCAACAAACAAAUCUGAAACGUAUCAUGAUUAGUUAGCGAAAUUUUAAUCAACACAAUCGUCUUGACAUAGUAGCCAUUACGGUAUUCUUGGGAUUUGCUUGAAUUUGAGUUACUGGUUAUUUCACAGAAUUUGAAUUAGUAGUCUUUUUUUCUCGUUGGUCAGAUUAUUGAAUAUGUUAUGAUACUUGCACGAGGUUGAUGAUUAUGAUUAGAAAUGUCACGAUGGAAAAAUGCAUAUCUAAUCAUGAUAUAGAUUGACAUUAAUAUUAUAAAAUACAAGCUUAACUUUGUAGGUAUACUGGUCAUGCUAGCUAGCUCAUUGUUAAUCCCAAAAAUCCAAAACACAAAUUAACAAGUUUAACAGGUUUUACGCGAUCUGUUCUAGUGAUGACAUAUUUUAGUCCUAUCCAAAAAUCAGAGCUAAUCUGAUAUUGAUUUGUUAAUUUUUCAAAUUAUAAAAAGACAUCCGGUACGAACAAGGCUAAAUUGGUUUACAAUUGUAUUUAUUGAUAUUGAUUAGUGUUUUGAGUUGGAACGCUUUCAAAACGUGAUAAGUAAGAUGAAUGAUGCUACCAAAAGUGUUUGUAACAAACUAGAAAGUGAUGUUCUCAUCUUCACCCCAUUUGGAUCGAGCUUUUAAUGUGUGAGAAAGAGCAAAGGGAUUAGGCAAAAAUGAUGGGAUACUCUCAACAACUUUGUUUAUACCUACUCUCAAAGUUUAAACCAUAUUAUGAUUUACAUAUUUUAACUUUUGAAGCAUUAACUAAUUGUAUAAACACUUGUUUUCAAACGUCUUAUUUUGUCUUUAUCAAUCCAGAGCCCCAUGUUUGAUUAGCAGAAUAUUAAUGAGUAUGUUUAUUGCUGUUGAUAAAAAAAAACAUUUUUUCAAACAACAUAUAUACACUGUGUUACAUUGAUUUAAUAUUGUUAAGUUUCAUAGUCUAACGAUUCAAAGCAAUUGGCGAUGACCACUUAAAUAUCCUAAAAAAAAUGAUUGCGAUGGUUAUCUAGGAUGUGCUCGUGGUCUGAGCGUCGACAUAUUAGAAUACAUGAAGAUAAUUUAUUUUAAAUGAAUAAUGAAGGGUUCUAAGCGAUAAUUCACUAUUGCUUUUUAUGCACACACACACAUAUAUAUAUAUUGCAAUAUGAGACGCUUUAAAUGUGAAUGGAAAAUGUUAGAUAAUUAGAUAUGGGAUAUAACGAGAGAAGAGAGACAAAAAAAGAACAGAAAGGCAAAGACUCGACAAACUGGGUUCGAUGAAGUGUAAGGGCAACAUUAUCGCGGGUUGAUAGGCGCGUCCCUUAGUGUUAUAUGGUCGAAAAAUAAUUCAAAAUCCAAUAUAAACUGAGAAAACGGGCCUUAACUAAGGGGCAUUUGGGCUGGUCCGUAAGGCGACGUGGAGGAAGGUGAUUGGACGAUGAUAUCGAAGUCGCGAAACACAUUUCUCUUCGCCUCUCGUCUGUUUCAUUUUGUCACGAAACCCUAGUUCAAAUUAUCCAAAAUCAAAACUCCUUCGACAUGAAAAUGGAAACCGCAUCUGCAAAUCCUGAAUCCUAUUGCCAAACCUGAGCCCAGAUAGAAAACUUUCAAAUCCCUCGAUUCAGUUCCGUCGAUUCAAUUCAGUUCCGUCGAUUCGCUUCAGUUCUGUCGAUUCGGGUCGUAACCGUAGAUUCCCUUCAGCUCCGUCGGUUUAAAUCGGUUGAUUGGGGUCCAAUUCGGAUCAGUUCCGUCAUCAUCGCUUCAGUUCCUAACCGUAGAUUCCCUUCAGCUCCAAGCUUAUAGCAAGGUAUGUGUUUCUAAAUUACUGGGAAUGAUUGAAAAUAUUUGUGAUGCAUUGUUAUGGGUGAGUUGAUCAUUUAGUUCGUCUCUGUGGAUUGGUAACUUUUUGUGAUUAAAUGAUAUGAUUUUCUACGAUUGUAGAUUGUGUAAAUAAGUUGAUAGGUUGUGUAGCUUCUGUAGUAGUUAUUGCUAAAUGUUGAAUAUUCGUUUCAUCAAAAGGACAUUGGUUGGUAGUGGUAGGUUUAUAUUAAAGGAUGUUUGAUGUGGACUGUGGUUUAGUUGGAAACAAAAGAGAGAACUUUGUUGAUAAACUUGAAUGUUUACUUCCGAGUUCCAUUACAUUUAUCUGGAAAGCCUAUAAAUUUAGUUUGAAACAAAUGUUUUAGCCGAUCUUUUAUGGAACUAUAGUUAGUUUGAAACCAAUGUUGAAAGCGUUAGAGUUGUGUGGUGUGUAAUAAGUGUUGAUUAGACCUUUGUAGUUUAUGGUUAGAAGUUAAGUGGAUCACUUAUUACACUACAUUUGGUAUAUUGAAACCUGAUGCUGCAUUCUUUCCUUGUACUAUUUAAUGUAGUUCAGUUCCUCAGUCCCUCUUCACUAUCCUCUUCUAUACUCAUUCUCCUUUCUCCUCUCGCAUCCCUUCCUUUUUCUCCUCAUGGAUUCAAGAAAUAUUCCUUCCCAAUCCUCUAGUUAUGUAGGACUUCUUAGUCAACAAGGUAGUGUUCUCCAUGGUAACUUUCCUAAUGAAAGUUAUCAUCCGAGUGUUCACUAUCCUCCUUUCAGCUCCCAACAAUCUGAAGCGCCACCUCUAUCUGAGGAGACACCCGUGGACCGCAAGGAGAGAAAGAAAUGGAGCCCGGCGGAUGACGAGGUUCUCAUUAGUGCGUGGCUAAACACUUCCAAGGAUGCGAUUGUUGGGAAUGAUCAAAACAAGGGUACCUUCUGGAAGCGAGUUGGAGAGUACUAUGCAGCUACUCCUCAUGGGCAGAAGGAAGGUGAAAGGAGAGAGCAUCUUCAUUGUAAGCAAAGGUGGCACAGGAUAAACGAUCUUACCAACAAGUUCUGCGGGGCUGUUGCUGCAGCAGAGCGACAAGUUAUGGGACUUGACUAUAGUUAUAGCCAGCCGUCGCAGUCAGAAGAUUAUUAUGGGAACUCAGUCGACAGUCCGUAUAGUGAAACGGAAGAUCUAAUUCGACAAGAUCAAGCUGAGCUUAGCUACAAUGCUCAAGCCCGCGUUGAGUACCCUCCCCAACCGGAGGUUGAGUUUGGCUUUCCUCAAAUUUGCUACUGUGGAGCUAAGCCUUUUGUAAGAACAUCGAGCAAUGGGAGAUUAUACUACACCUGCGCGAACGUAGACGAUGGAGAUUGCCAUGUAUGGAAGUGGUGGGACGAGGCAGUGAUGGAAGAGAUGAGAGCUAGGGAUAGUCACGUUCUACAGCUCGCUGAGAAGGUUGAUUCAUUAACCAUUUUGCCUGACUAUGAGACCGAGCAGAGAAUGGAUAGGAUAGAGAAGAUUGUUAGGGAGAAAGGUAUGUUUACCAAUGGCUUUGAAUUGUUUCUUGGUUUGACGGGCUUGAUAUUAGUUUUAGUUGCUGUGGCUUUCAUGUUUAAAUGAAAGGGAGGUUGUAUUAUUAUGUUUAAUGGAGGCCACGUUGGUAGCAGAGGAACAAAUUCCAUCUUUUGUUGUUAAGUUAUUAGGAUGGAUAUGUUUUGUAUGGGAUAUGUAACUUCAAAACAUAUUGUAUUAUUUUCAUGUAUUGUAACCUUGUAAUGAACCAAAAAUAUUUUGAACUUCUAUUGUAUUAACCAGUAGGUGUGCAUGUGUUAUGUUUCUACGAUAUUAGUUGUGAUUGUUGUAGGUGUGCAUCACGGGUUGCACUCAGUGAAUCAAAGUACCAAUCAGUAAAAAAAUAUCACGAGAACUGCAAUAAAGAACCAAUCAAAGUACCAAUCAGUAAAAAAUUAUCACGGGAAUCACAAGUUGCACUCACUGAAAAAGUAUCACCACAACUACUAUAGUAUCACGAGAAUAAGUAAGAUGGAGUUCUCGGGGUUAUAAGUAAGAGACAUUGCCUCUUUUAAAAAAAUGCAAAUCAUAUCAUCACUUCUUUCCUCUUUCAUAAUUUUCUCCUCAUUUCCAAUACUUCUUUCUUCUUACUAAUAUUCCUAAUGGCAUCUUCUUCCCAUUAUCAUUACCACCAAGAUGAUGAGGAUGAAUUUGAUACAGUUUUUGAUGAUUUUUUUGAAAACUCCGAUGUCAUUCCGGAACAAAAAGAGAGAAAAAAACGUAUCCAUAUUGAGAGACACCGGGAAGAAGGCCACACCAAUCUCUGGAAUGAUUAUUUUAGUGAAACUCCAACGUAUUCGCACAAUUUAUUCCGGCGCCGGUUCAGAAUGAACAAGUCCCUGUUCUUGAGAAUUGUGCAACGUCUCUCUACAGAAGUUCCGUAUUUUCGUCUUACUGAAGAUGCAAUCGGACGGACGAGUCUAACUCCGCUCCAAAAAUGUACAGCAGCAAUUCGUCAAUUGGCCUAUGGUACUACCGCAGAUGCAGUGGACGAAUAUGUACGACUUGGUGAAACAACGGCUCAACAGUGUUUGCACCAUUUUACUGCGGGAAUAAUCGACAUUUUUGGCGCUCAAUACCUCAGACGUCCCACAACGGAGGAUCUACAAAGACUACUUGUUAAAGGUGAAGAACGAGGAUUUCCCGGGAUGGUUGGGAGCAUCGACUGUAUGCAUUGGGAGUGGAAGAAUUGCCCCACCGCUUGGAAAGGAAUGUAUUCUCGGGGUACCGGAAAACCAACAAUUGUGUUGGAGGCGGUUGCUUCCUAUGACCUUUGGAUAUGGCACGCAUUUUUUGGAGCUCCAGGUACUAUGAACGAUAUUAAUAUUCUGGAUCGAUCUCCUGUUUUUGAUGAUAUAAUUAACGGGAUAGCUCCCCAAGUUAACUUUUAUGUCAAUGGAAGGGAGUACAAUUUGGCCUACUAUCUGACGGAUGGUAUUUAUCCAAAAUGGGCGACUUUUAUUCAAUCUAUCCGACUACCACAAGGUGACAAACAUUGUUUAUUUGCUUCAAAACAAGAAUCCGUUAGAAAAGAUGUUGAGCGUGCCUUUGGAGUCCUGCAAUCUAGGUUCGCCGUUGUUAAAAACCCUUCUAAUUUAUGGGAUAAAAGCAAGAUAGGAAAUAUUAUGAGAGCUUGUCUCAUUCUCCAUAAUAUGAUUGUCGAAGAUGAACGAGAUUCAGACACUAUCGAGGAGUUUGAAGAAGAGGAUCAGACUUUUGUGGUUAAAAAAACCAAAAAACACGGCAACACAAUUGGUCGUCGCAAAGAAGUUCGGGAUCCAAAUAUUCAUCUUCAGUUAAAAGAAGAUUUGAUUGAGAAUAUAUGGCAAAAAUUUGGAUAUCUUCCAUUUUAAGUUCUAUGAAUUCAAUAAAAACUUUGUAAUUUUUCUUUUACGUUGUAAUUUGUUUCCACUUUGUAAUUUUAUUUUCAUAUCUUAUCAAUAUAAAUGUUUAAUGUUUGUUUCAA